UAAAUUAUUUGACAUUUUCUCUCAUUCUAUUGCUUUGCAUUAAGUAUAGCACAAGAGAGAAACAAAGUUCCCAUUAAAGCAAAAAUGCCACUACCUAUGCUUUGUAACUAUCGCAACCGUCUUCUUCCGUUGUUAUUCCUAUAUUCACAUGCCAUAAGAACUUCUUUUUAUCAUAUGGGUCGAUUAAAUUCUCCAUUAAUAUCAACAUUUCUUGAAAAAUUACAACCCCCUUUUGAAUUCUUGAAGUAGAUUUGAACCCCAUUAUUGGAUUUUUGAAUUGUGUUGCGUUAUUGGGCGAAAGAUUCGAGUUUGUUGAGUAAAUCCCUUUCUGGGCUUUUUCUUGAGGUUCUUUAAUGGCGGGGAAGAAGGUGAGCGAUACCCUUGUUAAGGAAUUGACGGAAGAGGUGAAGAAAUGGGGGUACAUGAAGCAAACUGGUGUUAGUUUAAGGCAGAUGAUGAAUUUUGGGGGUCACUUUUCUUCGAAAAAUUUGUUGAUUUCUGCUCAAUUUCUUCAUAAGGAGUUGCCUAUUCGGAUUGCUCGUAGAGUUAUUGAGCUUGAAGAUCUUCCUUAUGGGUUGUCUAAAAAGCUUGGUGUUUUAAAGGUCCGAGAUUGGUAUUUGGAUUCUUUCCGUGACCUUCGAUCCUAUCCAGAAAUAAAAGAUAAAAAUGAUGAGUUGGAAUUUACACAAAUAGUUAAGAUGAUUAAGGUCAGGCAUAAUAAUGUCGUUCCUAUGAUGGCUUUGGGAAUCCAACAACUCAAGAAAGAGUGCCCUCAAUUUGAUUAUGAGGAUUGGACAGCAAUACACCGAUUUCUUGAUCGAUUUUACUUGUCUAGAAUUGGGAUCCGCAUGCUUAUCGGGCAGCACGUGGCCUUACAUGAUCCUAAUCCACUUCCCAAUUGUGUGGGAUAUAUACAUACAAAAAUGUCUCCCUUGGAGGUUGCACGCGCUGCCAGUGAGGAUGCCCGGGCAAUUUGCUUACGUCAAUAUGGCAGCGCACCUGAAGUUAACAUUUACGGAGAUCCUGAUUUUACGUUCCCUUAUGUUCCAUCGCAUCUGCAUAUGAUGGUCUUUGAGUUGGUGAAGAACUCUGUCCGUGCUGUAGAAGAGCGAUUUAUGGAUUCCGACAAUGUUGCCCCUCCUAUUCGUAUAAUAGUUGCUGAUGGUUUAGAGGAUGUCACCAUUAAGAUUAGUGAUGAAGGAGGUGGAAUACCAAGAAGUGGCCUUCCCAAAAUUUUUACUUAUCUCUAUAGUACAGCUGAGAAUCCGCUGGACGAGGACUUUACAACAACUGAUGCAGCUACUGCAUGCACCAUGGCUGGUUAUGGAUAUGGAAUUCCAAUAAGUCGUUUAUAUGCUCGCUACUUUGGAGGGGAUUUGCAGAUUAUCUCGAUGGAAGGCUAUGGUACAGAUGCUUACCUUCAUAUAUCGCGGUUGGGAGAUUCUCAGGAGCCAUUACCUUGAUGUAUGACAUGGGGAGUUCAAUCUUGUUUAGAAAAUUUGAUUCUAACUACAAGGGGAGGACUUUGAAUAAUCAUUUUAGGAAAACAUAAAUGAUGUAAUUAGCAAAGCCUCUUUGUUCGAUUAGGCUUAAUACAUAAAAACAAAUGCCAGUUAAAACUUGGCUCACUUGCAAUUUAGCAAGUUAUGAUUGUAAAUGAUGUUGUAAGA